GCAUCCAACUGUGAUUCAACUUGCGCCUAGACUCAGUCGCUCGCGAUUCACACCACACAAACACCGAACAGACCAGUACGCGUACACCGGGCAAAGGCCCUGCACAAACGUAACGCGCUCUUAUCGGCGGCCUUGCCCUGAUUCGCCGUGCAUUGACCAGGACGCGUUUGUGGGGACCGAAAUAGACGGCGUGGCGCGGGCUUUAUAGAUCGGCGUGGCGUGGGCUUUAUAGGACGCUGACGCGACCGGGAGCUUCGUCUGCAACCCUCGUCUCCUUCGGCAUCGUUCAACUCUGUUGACACCGCUCACCUCCCUCUUCAACACCUGCUUUAUGUCUACUUCGGUGAUGGCGUCGGCGUCUGUGGCUGCACCCUACAAGGCGGGCGCGUCGUCGCGCCCGGCGCUGCUUCAGCGGAAUUCCUAUCAGUCUGACAUGUCGCGCAAGUCGUCGAAGGCCCGUGUCAUGGAGGUCUUUGAGGCUGGUCAAGAAGUGCGCGUCCGGUAUCGUUAUGGCGGGCUCGACACGGAGUACUGGGCGCGUGCGAAGGUGGUGCGACCGCGGGACGGCGCGCUGUACGAGAUUGAGCUGUCCGGCAGCCUGCAGACCCAGCGCUGGACCGUCUCCGCGCGCGACUUGCGCAGCGUCUUGCCCGCGCAAGUGCUGGACCCUUCGCCCACGCCCAUCGUGGUGGAGCGGCCUGUGAACAUCAACGACGUCGUCUUUGCGGAGGUCAGCAACGGCGCAUACUCGGUCUUCGUCCCUGCGCGCGUCGUGGCUAAAAACGAGGGCGGCGGACUUCGUGUGGUGUUCCUCGAUGGAAUGCUGAAGGGGAAGACACAGACGACGUCCCGAACCGAGGUUUACUCGAAAGAACGCGCCAGCGCGCUCAAGAAGGCGGGUAAAAACGUCCUCGGCUCGGGCACGAAGAAUUAUCGCCUCUAGAUGUAGAGGUUUCUUGCAUGGACGGGAUUAUACUAAUCUAUAGAUGGACUAGCGACUGACAUAG